AUGGCUACCCCCAGUGUCCUUACCUUUGAUGCUGAGGGUCAUGCUGUUGACUUUGAGGUCUGGGUCGAUGACCUCCAGCUGUUCCUACAGUGCGAUAGGGUAGACGGACUCUCUCUGCUUGAUCUCACCUCUAGUGCCUCUCCUGCCCCACCGACUACUACUGACAGCACUAUUCGCUCACAGUGGGCCACACGCGAUGCUGCUGCCCGUCUUGCUGUGCGUUGCCACUUACCGACCACUGAGCGUGCACACUUUCGUCAGUACAAGAGUGCUAAGACCUUGUACGACGCUGUAGUUGCACGCUACUCUUCCCCUGCCACUGCUGCUCUUAGCCGCCUCUUGCUGCCGUACCUGUUCCCUGACCUUGCUGCCUUUCGCACAGUAGCUGACCUCAUUACGCACCUUUGCACUAGUGACACUCGCUACCGCGCUGCGCUUCUUGCUGAGAUCUGUGCCAAGAACCCCCCCCCCCCCCCCAUGUACAUCACCCUCUACUACAUAGUCACCCGGCUCCUUGACUCCCUUCGCUUAGUCAGGGACCACUUCCUCUCAGUUUGCCCCACCACACUGACCGUUGACCUCCCCAAGGAACGCCUCCUAGCAGCAGAGAAGAGCAUAGUCCCUGUAGGAGCUCCUUGUGGUGACCCUCGCACCCCCGUCUUUGAGGGGUGUUCCCCCUCCCCCCUUUUGCCCUUUGUUGCUUCUGCUGCUACGGCCGACCUCGUUGGCUUCAAGUCGGUCGGCGCUGCGUCAGCCCCUAGCGGGAAACGCCGCACCGGCAAGGGCAAGGGGGGCAAGGGCGCUGGAGGGGCUGGCGGGGGUGGUGGAGGUGGUGGUAGAGGAAGUGGAGGGGGUGGGGGUGGUGGUGGGAGUGGUGGCGGGGGUGGAGGUGUCGGUGGCAGCAGUGGAGGCGGAGGAGGUGGCGGCGGUGGCGGAGGGAGCGGAGGCGGCGGAGGUGGCGGGGGCGGUGGAGGUGGCGGAAGCGGCGGCGGCAGCGGUGGAGCUGGUCGCGGCUCUGCGCAGAGGAGUGGUUCCGGUGGUGGUCCGCGCCAGCAGUUGCAGCGCAGUCGUGAGACCCCGUCCCCCCAGCAGCUUCGUGAGUGGUACGCUGGGCGUCACCGCGGUGGGGGUACUGGUCCCUGCACCUACGUCCUCCGUACCGGUGACCGCGCUGGUGAGCAGGCGGGGGUUGCUAUCUUUGAUCUUGAUUAUGAUGCUCUUCUUGCUGCCAUGUAUGCUGUGUCUACUAGUGAUGAGGGUGACUGUUACCAGUGUGUUCCGCCUGACCCGGGCAUUGAGGCUGCUACUCUAGGUGCUUGUGAGGCUGCUGCUCUAGGUGCUAGUAUGUCUACUGCCCCAUGUGCUGGUGAGUCUGCUCUCUCAGGUAUCACGUCAGCUCAGGCCUUACACACCUUCACCCUUGACUUGGGUGCUUCCUGCUCCUUCUUUCGAGACCGCACCACGCUUACGCCGCUUAGUCGGCCGGUUGCGGUCUCCCUGGCGUACCCUUCUGGGGGUCCUGUCCUUGCUAGCUUCUCCACUGUCUUACCGUGCCCGGCAGCCCCCUCUGGCACUCUGUCAGGUCUCUACCUUCCCUCGUUCUCUACGAACUUGGUGAGUGGAGCUGAUCUACAGGAUAGGGGGGUUGACCAGUUCACUCCUGCGAGUCAGCGGGUGACCCACUGCACGUGUGCUCAGACGGGCCGACACUUGGCCACGUUUACCCGUCGGCCUGGCUCGAGCCUGUACACACUGACUACUGAGUCUUCUCUGGUUGCUGAGUCUGGUCAGGUAGCUGCGUCGAGUCAGGUGUUUGCUGCAGCGUCCAGGUCUGUUCCUGAGUCUGCUCCCUGCUCGUGUUGUUUCCUGUCUCUCCUGAGUUAG